AUGGCACAUAUUGUUAGAGGAUACCCAUUGGCACUUAUUUUUAUAAUCAUGUGCCUGUUGAUUAAAGCAAAAAUAGAUGUGUGCAAGAGAGGAGAUGUGGCUGUGAAGCCUUCCCGGGUAAUUUCACUUGGAUCGAGUGUCAAUAUUUCAUGCUCUCUGAAGCCCAAACAAGGCUGCUUGCACUAUUCCAGUUUUAACAGGUUAAUCCUCUACAAAUUCAACAGGAGAAUCAGUUAUCACCAUGGUCACACCCUCAGCUCUCAAGUCACAGGUCUUCCCCUUGGUACAACUUUGUUCGUCUGCAAACUGGCCUGUCUCAAUAGUGAUGAGAUUCGAGUAUGUGGAGCAGAGAUCUCCGUUGGUGUUGUUCCAGAGCAGCCUCGAAACUUGUCUUGCGUACAGAAGGGAGAACGGGGGACCGUGGCCUGCAUCUGGGACAGAGGACGAGAAACCCACCUAUAUACUAAUUAUAUAUUACAGUUAAAUGGGCCAAAAAAUUUAACUUGGCAGAAACAAUGCAAUGAUCAUUAUUGUGACCAUUUAGACCUUGGAAUCAACCUAACCCCCGAAUCAUCUGAAUCCAGUUUCACGGUCAAGAUUACUGCCACCAAUAGUCUUGGAAGUUCUUCUUCUUUCCCAUCCACGUUCACAUUCUUGGACAUAGUGAAGCCUCUUCCUCCAUGGGACAUCAGAAUCAAAUUUCUAAAUGCUUCUGUGAGCAGAUGUAUCCUUCAGUGGAGAGAUGAGGAACUGGUGCUGCUUAACCGACUCAGAUAUCGGCCCAGCAACAGCAGGUCCUGGACUAUGGUUAAUGUUACAAAUGCCAAAGGAAGACAUGAUUUGCUGGAUCUGAAACCAUUUACAGAAUAUGAAUUUCAGAUUUCCUCUAAGUUACAUCUUUAUAAAGGAAGUUGGAGUGAUUGGAGUCAACCAUCAAGAACACAAACACCAGAACAAGAACCUACUGGGAUGUUGGAUGUCUGGUACAGGAGACAGCACAUCGACUACAAUAGGCAACGGAUUUCUGUUUUCUGGAAGAACCUGAGUAUAUCAGAGGCAAGAGGAAAAAUCCUACAUUAUCGGGUGACCUUGCAGGAGGUGACAGGGAAGAACACCACACUGCAGGACAUCACGGGACACACCUCGUGGACCUGGGUCAUUCCCAGAACUGGGAAUUGGGCUGUGGCUGUGUCUGCAACCAACUCAAAGGGCAGUUCCCUUCCCACUCGUAUUAACAUAACGGACCUGUGUGGGGCAGGGUUGCUGACUCCUAACGAAGCCUCUGCAAACUCCGGGGGCACGGACAGCAUUGCGGUGACUUGGCAGCCUCCCAGGAAAGCUGCCCCUACUGUUCAAGAGUACGUGGUGGAAUGGAGGGAAUUCCACCCACGGGGCCACAUGCAGCCCCCUCUAAACUGGCUGCGGACUCCCCCCUCCAAUGUGAGCGCUCUGAUUUCAGAGAACAUUAGACCCUACACCUGUUAUGAAAUCCACGUGUAUGCACUGUCAGGGGGCCGAGGAGGAUGCAGCUCCGUCCUGGGUAACUCCAAGCACGAAGCACCACUGAGUGGUCCCCACAUUAAUGCCAUCACAGAGCAAAAGGGGAGCAUUUUAAUUUCAUGGAACAACAUUCCAGCCCAGGAGCAAAUGGGCUGCGUCCUCCAUUACAGGAUAUACUGGAAGGAACGGGACUCCAAUUCUCAACCUCAGCUCUGUGAAAUUCCCUAUAGAAUCUACCAAAAUUCACAUCCAAUAAACAGCCUUCAGCCUGGAGUGACAUAUGUCCUGUGGAUGACAGCUCUGACAGCUGCUGGUGAGAGUCCCCAAGGAAAUGAGAGGGAAUUUCGUCUUCGAGGUAAAGCCAAUUGGAAUGCAUAUGUGGCACCGAGCAUUUGCAUUGCUAUCAUCAUGGUGGGCAUUUUCUCAAAGCGUUACUUCAGGCAAAAGAUAUUUGCUCUCCUUUCGGCCCUCAGACCUCAGUGGUGCAGCAGAGAAAUUCCAGAUCCAGCAAAUAGCAAAUGGGCCAAGAACUAUCCCUUUAUAGAGGAGAAGAUGCAACUGCCCUUGCACAGGCUUCUGACAGCCUGGCCCUCUUCUGAGGAACCUGAGCCCCUGGUCAUCAAUGAAGUCUUUCAUCAAAUGACCCCAGUCUUCAGACAUCCCCAUGACCCCAACUGGCCAGAAAGGGGACAAGUACUGCAAGGUCACUGUAUGUCUGAGGAAGAUACAAUGUACAGUGCUUCAAGCCCACCAGCUCCAAGAGCUGUCACAGCUGAGAUGAGACAACUAGUGGAUCUGUACAAGGUGCUGGGGAGCAGGGGCCCUGACUCAAAGCCGGGAAACCCAGCCAGUCCUUUGACAGUCCUCCCAGGGGACUACCUUCCCACCCAUGAGGGCUACUUACCCUCCAACAUAGAUGAUCUCCCUUCACAUGAGGCUCUGCUCACUGACCCUCUGGAAGAACAGGAACCUCAGCACAUUUCUCUUUCUGUUUUCCCCUCAAGUUCCCUUCGCCCACUCACCUUUUCCUGUGGGGAGAAGCUGACUCUGGAUCAAUUAAAGAUGGGGUGCGAUUCCCUCAGGCUGUGAGUGGUGAGGUUUGGAGCCUGGAAGAUCAAUGUGCACCAACCAGCACAACAUACCCCAUCUACCC